UUUAAAAAAGAGGUGACUUUUCUUCCUAUUUUUGGGUCGGGCAUAAAAAGGCACCUAACUCAAAUGAUAAAGUAGUGUUAUGAUAAAGUAGUGUUAUGAUGGUAUGUAACAAACAACUAACCAAAGAAGUAAUUUAAGUAAAUUCAUUUUUAAUGAAGGGGAAAGUAAGAAAAUGUUUAAUUAUGCUAAAUGAUAGAAAAACGUGACUGAAAUCAGACCUUAACAUUAUUAAUGCAGUCUGGGAUCAUCCUGAUAGAGAACGGAACAAAAGACAGCCAACAUCCUAAGAAGAGCUUUGGAAAGACUUCAAGAAGUCUGGAGGACCACACUACCUAAAGACCUUACAGUUUGUUUUAAAGGGUUCCUACUCUUAAAGACAAAAAAAGGUCACCUGCAGAUUUACAGUCAAGCUCGUUAAAACUUUGAAAAACGGGUUACUGUAUUUAUAAGUAUAUAAGAGUGGUAUAUUUUUCCGCAUUGUACAACGAUUUAAGGCAUUUCUGACGUCUUAAACAGAUUCGGAUGUAAAAUCAGUGUCACCUGAGCUCCAAGUUUGACUGGGACGUUUCUCGGGUAAAGAAACAUGAUGGCGUCUUUUUGUUCUCACACAGACAAUCAGAAUUAUGGUAAAAAUCCAUUUUGGUCACAUUAAAUGACAAAAAGCAUGUAAUGUGACCAUUAUCUAAAUUAUAACUAUCAGAACUAUCCUCUACACACAGGCUAAAUGCGUAAAAUGGUUCGGUCCAUCCGCAGCUCUCAGUCCAUAAGCUCCUGCAAAGCUCUUUAAGUCUUCCACUUCUGUCUCUGAGUCAGAGUAAAGAUGAGCUACGGAGACAGCUACACCUCCUCGUCCUACAGGAAGAUUUUCGGGGAUUCUUCCAGGUUUUCCUCCUCCUCCUCUCGGGUGAGCGGCGCCUCUCCUCGGAGCUCCGCGGGGCUGAGACCAAUGGCUGCGCCGCGCAACAGCGCUUCCUCCGUCAGCCUGUACAGACGGCUCGGACGGCCCACCGCUUCUUUCUCUCCGGUACCGACCGGCUCGCUCGACUUAACCCAAACCUCAGUUGUCAACAAUGAAUUCAAAAUUAUUAGGACUAACGAGAAAGAGCAGCUGCAGGGUCUGAAUGACCGCUUUGCCACCUUCAUAGACAAAGUCCGACAGCUCGAGCAGCAGAAUAAAGUGUUGGAGACGGAGCUCGUGACUCUGCGGCAGAAACACAGCGAUCCGUCCCGCGUGGCCCAUCUGUAUCAGCAGGAGAUGAGAGAGCUGCGAUCACAGCUGGAGGAGCUGAACAGGGACAAGAACCAGAUCCUGAUAGAGAGGAACAACCUGGAGGAGGAGCUGCAGAAGCUCAAUGCAAAGUACGAGGAUGAGGUUAAGAUGCGAGAAGAAGCUGAGCAGACCUUGAGGUCCUUCAGAAAGGAUGUAGAUGAUGCUACAGCCGUUCGUUUAGACCUAGAACGUCGGAUGGAGUCACUAUUAGAUGAAAUCUCUUUCAUGAAGAAGGUGCAUGAAGAGGAGAUUGAUGAGCUGAGCAGAAUGAUGGAUGCGCAGCAGGUUUCCGUGGAGCUUGAGCUCGCCAAACCUGACCUUACCUCAGCUCUGAAGGAGAUCCGCAACCAAUAUGAGUCCAUAGCCUCCAAAAACCUGCAGUCGGCUGAGGACUGGUACAAGAGCAAGUUUGCAAGCCUCAGCGAGCAGGCCACCAGAAGCAACGAGGCCAUGAAGGCCAGCAGGGAAGAAAUCAAUGAGUUCAGGAGGCAGCUGCAGUCCAAGACCAUUGAGAUAGAGACCUUUAGGGGUGCCAACGAGUCUCUGGAGAGGCAGAUGGCCGAGAUGGAGGAUACACACAAUGCUGAAGUUGCAGCCAUGCAGGACACCAUUAGCCACCUGGAUAAUGAGCUGAGGAACCUGAAGGGUGAGAUGGCCCAGCACCUGCGAGAGUACCAAGACCUGCUUAAUGUCAAGAUGGCCCUGGACAUAGAGAUAGCGGCUUACAGGAAACUGCUGGAAGGGGAGGAGACUCACUUUAACUCAGGGAUGUCGUUCAGCUCUGCCAGCUACAGCUACCACCCUCGAGUCUCAGCCGGCUCCUCCAGGAGCAGCCAGAGGGAGAAGGAAGGAGCCACGAAGGAAAGCUUCAAGGAUGUCAGCGAGGAUAAAGACGAAGCAGACAUCAACUCCAACAACUGAUGACAGACAGGGAUUGUGUGAGAAGAGAUAUGCUUUAGAGCCAAAGGUGUUAAGACAUAAUAUUUCACACAAUUUCAUAGGCAUAGGUGUCAGUGAUUAAAGGCAGAAAAUUUAUGGACUUUAAAUCAUCAAGUUUUUUUGGAAAUGGAAAGAUUAGUCAGGAUUAUUUGUCAAAACUCCAACAUAUAUUAAACUAAGCUUAAAAAUUAGAUUAGUACGUCUCCAGAGGGGACAAAUUUUAUGGAAACCAUAUACUUUGGUAAAUAUGUGACUGAGCACUAAUAAUUAAAUAAAAAUUAAUUUAACUUCUGCAGGAAAUUCAACAUAAAGUUGUGUAAGAAGUGUGAAGAAUGAUGGAAGACUGCUCAA